AUGUAUCAAACUUAUCGUUCCCUUAUUUUUAACGGCAAACGAAUGAGUGACGACAUAUUGCCUAAACCUGAUAUAUCUAUCCUAGUCUGUUCGUAUCUAUCUAUCUAUCUAUCUAUCUAUCUUAUCUGUUCGGAUCUAUCUAUCUAUCUAUCUAUCUAUCUAUCUAUCUAUCUAUCCGAAUGGGUUCAUUAUCUAUCUGAAUGUGUUAAUUAUCUAUCUAUCUAUCUAUCUAUCUAUCUAUCUAUCUAUCUAUCUAUCUAUCCGAAUGGGUUCAUUAUCUAUCUGAAUGUGUUAAUUAUCUAUCUAUCUAUCUAUCUAUCUAUCUAUCUAUCUAUCUAUCUAUCUAUCUUUCCGAAUGGGUUCAUUAUCUAUCUGAAUGUGUUAAUUAUUAUCUAUCUAUCUAUCUAUCUAUCUAUCUAUCUAUCUAUCUAUCCGAAUGGGUUCAUUAUCUAUCUGAAUGUGUUAAUUAUCUAUAUAUCUAUCUAUCUAUCUAUCUGA